AUGUCCCUCCGCCUCACCCCCUUGCUGCGCGGCGCAGCACCCGCGCGCCUCUACUCUGCCGGCGCCAAGCUGCCCGCGGCGCCCGCGCCCGGCGCCACGGGCUCGCGCGACGUGAUCCGCGAGCAGCAGGAGCGCUGCUCCGUCCCGCUCGCUGCUGACCAGAUCUCGGAUGCGCCGCCGGAGCUGCGCCAGCGUCCCGUGCGCAUCUUCAAGCCGAGCAAGUCGAGCAACACGAGCGGCAAGAGCGGCACAGCGCACUGGCGUGUCGACUUUGACAUUCUCGAGGGCAGUGCGCGCUGGGAGAACCCGCUGAUGGGCUGGGCGAGCAGCGCCGACUACAUGCAAGCGACGUAUCUGAAGUUCAAGACCUCGGAGGACGCCGUGCACUUCUGCGAGAAGCAGAACUGGCCCUACUUCGUGCAGCAGCCACAUGCGCCGCGCAUCCCGCCCAAGUCCUACUCGGCCAACUACGACUACAGCCCGGGCAAGCUGCGUCUGCACCAGACCAAGUAG